GUCUUGACUGCAGAGGAGUUGAAAGCUGCUCAGACCUCUGUUGCAUACGGCUGUAUCAAAUAUGCCGACCUCUCCCAUAACCGGCUGAAUGACUACACCUUCUCCUUUGACAAAAUGCUCGAUGACAGAGGGAACACGGCCGCGUACCUGCUGUACGCCUUCACUAGAAUCAGGUCUAUUGCGCGCCUGGCCAACAUUGAUGAAGACAUGCUCCAGAAGGCUGCUCGGGAGACCAAGAUCGUCUUAGACCACGAGAAGGAGUGGAAACUGGGCCGGUGCAUCUUGCGCUUCCCUGAGAUUUUACAGAAGAUUUUAGAUGACUUGUUUCUCCACACACUCUGUGAUUAUAUUUAUGAGCUGGCGACUACCUUCACAGAGUUCUAUGAUAGCUGCUACUGUGUGGAGAAAGAUCGACAGACUGGGAAAGUACUGAAGGUGAACAUGUGGCGUCUGCUGCUGUGUGAGGCAGUAGCUGCUGUGAUGGCCAAGGGGUUCGAUAUCCUAGGAAUAAAACCUGUCCACAGGAUGUGAUCCUUCUGAGGUUUGAAUACUGUGUUUUUAUCAGAGUGCCACUAGGACUGUUUUUUUAACAGUCCCUAGUAAAGAAAAUUUUUGAACUAUAUAUGCAAAAUGUGAUUCUUAAGAUUUCUAAAAAUAAAAAAAAUUCUGUU